AAAAAAAAAAAAAAAAAAACAAAGAACAAAGAAAUUGAAAAAAGAUUCCCAAAUUAUAAUCAGUCUGAAAGUGAAUAAAUCCCACCAAAUGCAGGUGGUGGUGUCGAAUUUGAUAUCACCAUUAACAUACAUAAGAUCCAUGGUCACCACCGCCGCCGCCACCAGCUCCAGCCGUACCGCCGGCGGUGGUGCUUUCACGACGAUAUCAGAGAGAGUGAGCUUAGAACGUGAAAUUAAAAAAAGCAAAUUCAUUGCCAUCGCCGGCCAUAUCCCCGACGAACGCUCCGCUCAAUCUUUCCUCUCUGAGGUCCAAGAUCCGCGUGCAACACAUAAUUGUUGGGCUUAUAAGGUCGGAAAUCAGUACAGAAGUAAUGAUGACGGUGAGCCAUCUGGUACAGCUGGAAAACCAAUACAUUCUGCAAUUGAAAAUUCAGGGUUAGAUAGAGUGAUGGUUGUUGUCAUUAGGCAUUUUGGAGGGAUCAAACUAGGCACUGGAGGACUAGUUAGGGCCUAUGGUGGAGUAGCAACAGAAUGCUUGAAAAAUGCUCCAACACGACUUGUUAAGUCUCAGGUUCCUAUGGGCGUUGAGGUUACUUUUGAUCUUUUGGGGGUCGUUUACCAUCAGCUACAGUCAUUCAAAGCUGAGAAUAUUAAGCAGGAUUAUGAUACAGGAAAAGAUGGCAUAACAAUGGUGACCUUCAAAAUAAGUUUUGACCAGGCUGAAGCAUUGGAGGAAGCCUUGAAAACCAAUUGCAGCAGAAAUCUUGUAUUCUACAAGAAUUGAUGUACACGAUAAAGCUGAUAUGAUGCUUGCAGCAUCGUUACAAUGACAGAUGUGACAUACUGCCAUUAUCGCAGGCUAGAUGGAUCACCAAGAAGCAGAUGAUGACUUACUGCUGCCCUGGGAUUGUGUCAUCUUCAAUAUGCUGUGAAGUGUGAACAUCAGGAUUGAAUAUAAUAUCAGGCUCAGCUUGUCAGUUUCCUUUCUUACAUGGUAGCCCUUAAACAAGUUGCUAUGCUUAGCUAGUAACGUCACAUGUAACUCAACAGUAAUCUUCAUGUAUAUACAUUUCAUGGUGGAUAUGCUAAGUUCCUAUAUACAUAA